UACCAUUCUUUCACACACAUCUUUAAUAACAAUAAAUCUUUAUAAUUGUACAGUUUCUUGUAUAAAUCGAUAUGCAAGGGAUUUUAAUAACAGGAUGAUCUAAAUUGACUGUUAAAAAAAAAACUAAGAAAAAGUCGAGGACUUCUUUGUGGAAAUGGGUACAUUCAGUUGCUUUGAAAUUGAUGCAAUAUUGUUGGGAACUCAUUGACCGUGCUGAGAGUUGACCCCGGGUUGCUGCGUUUACUUAGCUCGGACAGAGGUCGGGUUGAGACGGACAUGCCUUUGCCCGUAAAUUCAGAUCAGUUCCUCCAGAAAACGUAGCUGAGUCGUGCCCACGCGGGUGUUUUAAAGGAGAACACUGAAAGCGCUGUGACUGUUGAAGGGAAAGUUUCCGCAGAGCUCUUUAAAGACGUUUGCAGUGACUCUGCCCUGUGCCCGCAGGGAGAGCACGGACGGGCAGCCGGGGCUCGGUCAGUGACCGCUUGAAGGCGGGUCUUGUCACAGGGACCUGAGCUCACCAAUGAGCAUCCCCACCUGUGCGUGCUGAGGGGUCCCCAGCGACCCGGGGGCCAGUGUCCUCCACGGGCCAGUCAGGGUUAGGGUUAAGCAGGGCCAACCCGGGGGUAUGACCGCUGCUCCAGUGGAUCAGCGGACGGCCACGAUGUGGACACACUUCUCAGACCACAUCCGGCCACUAAGGGACACACAGGACUGCCCGGAGAGGGGGGUGGCCAUCUGUCGUCUCCCCCCACAACCGAGGGCAGGAUGGAGGGUCCUCUGCUCUCACCUAGGCCCGACCUGGGAGCAGGACCCCUGGGGUAAUGUCUUCUGGGGCGUCUGAGUCUGCUCACACACCCCCUGGGCUCUGUCCACAGUGCUCAGGGUGAGCACAGUAACUCAGACAGGAAGCAGAUACCGCUGGAGGGUUUCUGACCCCAGAACCAGAUGUGGGGGCUGAGUCUGCUCCCCUCACCCCAGCAAGACCUGGGCAAGUACUCAGUUUUGGGGGACCCAGUUCCUACUUAACCUUUGACUCGGUGGGACGUGAGGUGUUGGGGGUUGGGAGUGUGUGUGUCCUGACCUGCCCUGAUCCUGGGCGGCCCCGGGCUGGCCCACACGCCACAGGCCUGGCUCCCCACCACCUGCCACGCCCAAAGGCCCCCAGAACUCCUCAAGACCCCAAAUGUGUCCCCCCAGGCAGGGGCAGGCAGGACAGAAACUGGACGUUGAGGUCCACGGCGCCUUCCUGGUCCCUGGGGCACCUCCCCCUCCUGCUGUGGCUUUAGGGGCAAAGGACUCGCCCAGUGUCGCCUGCUCCGAGGGGUCUGAUCCCACAGCUCCCUGGCCGGGUGCGGUCCGGCCAGGGUCAGUGUCGAGGUCACCGGGCCUGGUCCGGAGGAUGAGCAGCUGGGAGGCAGGCUCGAGGGCGGGGAGGAGCCUGGGGCCAGGCAGGAGGGGCCGGCGGGGGCGUGGCGGAGGUGGGCCCCCCACUGGGUGAGUGGGAAGAGGCUGACUCGCCUGCUGGAGCGGCGCAAGAAGGAGAGACCCAAAGGCUCCGAGAGGUGAGGGGGUGCCGGGGGCUGCCUCAGUUUACACAUCUGUGACUCCCGGAGGUUCUCCCCUCUGGGGCCCCAGCAUGGACUGCGGCAGGGGUCAGGGGGAGGAGGGUUGGUUGGGGUGUGGAGGACCCAGGGGGAAAAAAAAAUGUCAAGGUUGUGCGGGAGGCUGUGCCUGAGAAGGGGGGGUCAGGGAGGGGGAUGCAGCCGACCCCCACUUCUGGGUGCAGACGGACGGGGAGGGCGGCGGGCGGCCCCAGCACCCGGAGGGUUAAGCAUCCUGGGGUCCCACCCCGCCGGGCCCCUCCUGUGUUUACUUGGCCCCCAAAUGCUCAGCCUCCGCUGCCGGCCCCUCCCCCUGGGGCCGCAGGGGGCGGGGCUGGGGGAGGGCCAGGGCCAGGGCCUGGGAGCCAGCGGACUUGGGGUGCCAGGAGAGGCGGAGGCCGGAGUGGGGCUCUGGGGGGUGGACAGGAGGGGUCAGUGAUGCAGAGGAAGCAGAGGUGCCAGAAAAGGCGGGAGGGUGGACACCAGCUGGCCCCGCUGUGGGUGGUGGCCGGCCAGAGCGCAGCCCUGCGGAGGGCCCCCCCGGGUUCCAGGCCCUGUGGAACGGGCCCCUCCGCCCCCACCUGUGCACAGGACCCAGGCGGCAGGAAGAGCUGGUCGCGCCGCCCCGCGGACGGUGACCGGCGCCCAGGCUGACCAUGUGGCAGCAGCUGCUCGCGCUCGCCGUGUGUCUGGCCGCUGCCGGCUGGGCCCAGGCCGGGCUCCCCGAGGCCCAGCGCCGCGGCCUGCAGGUGGCCCUGGAGGAGUUCCACAAGCACCCGCCCGUGCAGUGGGCCUUCCGUGAGACGGGCGUGAGCAACGCCAGCGACACGACCUUCCCUGCUGGGACUUUCGUGAGGCUGGAGUUUAAGCUGCAGCAAACCAACUGCCGGAAGAAGGACUGGAGAUCAGCGGAGUGCAAAGUCAAGCCCAACGGGAGGAAGCGGAAAUGCCUGGCCUGCGUCAAGCUGGACCCGGAGGGGAAGGUCCUGGCCCGCAUGGUGUACUGCCCCGUCCAGACACAGGCCCAGCGGGAGCCCCAGGAGCGGCUGGAGGCGCAGUGCAGCAAGGUGGAGCGCACGGGCGAGGACCCCCACAGCUUCUACUUCCCCGGACAGUUCGCCUUCUUCAAGGCCCAGCCCCCACACUGAGCCCGUGCCUCGCGCCCACCUGCAGGACAGCUGCCCAGGAAGCUGGCGGGCAGCUCGGCGCCCUCCCUGUCCCCAAGAGCCUCCGCUAAUAAAGCCUGCUCCCCUCCA